AUGAAUCAAGACACUCCUGCUUUGCUAUCUUCUCUAUUCACCUUAAUUGCUCAGGAAGAGAAAAAAAUUGAAACUCAUAGAUCUGAUAUGGCUUUAGAUUAUUAAUUCGAUCCAAUUAAGGCAUUUUAAGCUCUUGAUAUAGACAAUGACUCAGUUAUCACAGCCAAUGAAAUCGUUGCUUUCUUGAAAUAGUCUUUCAUCAGAGUCUCAAUUGCUGACGCUGAAUUGGUUAUUAAGGAAUAUGAUGCCAAUAUGGAUGAAAAUUUAGACUUUGAUGAGUUUAUCAAGCUAGUUUUGCCUACAACCAAUAAAAUUCAGCAUGAUCUAGCAAUUUAAAGAGCAAGCAAUAAUUACAAUCAAGAAUAGCCCUUAUCUCCAAGAAUUAUUAAAGUCAUUUCUGAGCAUUUAGAGUUAGAAAUCAAUUUCCAAAAGAAGCGUAACGAGAUUAAGCGUCAAUUAUUGCAGAGGGAGGACUUUAUCAAGCAAGAAUUCUUCAAAUACAUGUCAAACAAUCAAAACUGCAUCAGUGUUAGAGACCUACAUGAGUUUAUUAAAACCUUUGGGAAAACUAAUCUUAGAAAUGAAGAGCUAGAGGCUAUAUUGAGAAGAUGCGAUCAUAAUGCUGAUUAGAUGAUUGGCUAUGAAGAAUUCUGUGAUUUAGUUUCCAGUAAUGAGAACAAUGCAUAAUCGUGUGAAGAGUUAGAGGAGCAAAAUUACAGAACAUAGACUAAAGAGCUAAGAAGGGAUAUUACAGACUCACCUAUAAGAAAAUCACCAAGUAAAAACGAUAUUUAUGAAAAAUCUCUUGACGAAACCCUUGAAUAAUAUCAAUCACCUCUUGAUAAAAAAGUAUUGAGAAAGAACUAACAAUAAAACAAAAGCAGCAGCUUAAAUAGAGUUCUUGAUUACAACCAAGAUAAUGUCCAAAUAUUGAAUGGAAAGCAAGAUGAUGAAGAGGAGCAAUAAUAGGAAGAUGAAGUAUAAUAAAAACCAGUUUAAUUCAAAUUCUUAAGUCUGCUUAAGAAUCAAAUCAAGCUUGACAAGGAGGUUGAAAUAUAGAAGGAGAUCCUAUUCUCGAACGUGCACUAUAAUUCUCUAGAUGCCUUCAAAUUGCUUGAUAAGGAGUCAAAGGGAUUUAUUUCAACUGAUGAUAUGAUUAAUCUCUUUGAAGGUCAACUUAAUGCUAGUUCAAUUGAAAAGCUGAUUUACAAGCACGACAAAGAUCAAGAUGGCAUGCUAAACUUCCAUGAGUUCCAAAAAGUAGUAGCUCCUAAAAAUGAAGCCUAUGUUAUUAGUCACAGAUAAGAAAACAGCCAAUUUUAAUAGCAAUCUACACUUCUUCACUAGAGCAGCUAAUAUGUGAGUUAGUAGAAGCAUGUAAAUCAAGAAUAGCUACACAAUGAAUGGAAGGAAGAUUUGAAGGAGGUGCUAAUGACUGCCUCAAGAGCUGAGGAGAUUCUGAUUGAAAUCAGAGAUUCACUUGAUAUUGAUGGCAAUGAAGUGUUCAAUAUGAUAGAUAAGCUAGAUAUUGGCUACAUCACUUUAAGAACUUUCCAAAACUGGCUGAAAGACGCUCUCGGCUUCAACUUAAAUGAUCUCGAGAACAAAAUCAUUCUUUCAAGAUAUGACAAGGAUCAAGACUACAGAAUCUGCCGAAAUGAAUUCCUAGAUGAAGUGAACCUGGUCAAUCAACCUCAAAUAGAUCAAGCAGAUGACGAUCAAUAAUAAGCAUAGAUGGAGGGAGAGCAAGACCUAGAUAACGAGGAUCAACAAGACGAUACUUAGCUACAAGAGUAUAAGAACUACCAUAAUCAAGAUAUGAGAAAUAACAACCAAUAUAAUCAAAACAUGAAUAAUUAGAAACAGAUGAUUAACUAGGCUCAUUACUAGUAAAUGGAUGAUAUUGAGGAUGAAGGAGACUACGAAGAUGACUUUGAAGAUGAAGAGCAACUGGAAUACCUCUAAAAUCAGCAAAGAUGA